UAGCUGAGGCGGGUAGAACCUUCCAGAGCAGGGCGUAACAGGAACUGAGUUGGAGCGUAAAUACUAAACGAGGCAUAUGCAACUCAGUCUGCUGUAAAUUACAAUCCGUUAUUUAGGGUUCGAAACGCAGAUAGUCAUCUGUACGGUUUAUUCGCACUUCAGAGGAAAAUACACAUCCACUCAAUCGGAGUCCAGACAUAGUUGAGGAUGGACGGCGGAGUUACCAUAGUUACCAACCCCAGUGUGGAUGUUCGUUUAACCAGCAGCCUCUCCACCUUCGAGGUGAGGCGCAGGUUCAACAGAGGGAUCACUGUAGCAGAACUAAAGGGGAAACUGGAGAUGAUUGUGGGAGUUUCUGCCUCCUCCAUGGAUUUGGAGAUUUUUAGCGUGGCGGAUACGUUCCUACAAAAAAUGGACGAUGAUGAAGCUUUACUUGGUUCCUAUCCUAUAGAUGACAACUCCAGAAUAAAUGUUAUUGAUAAAAGUGGAGGUCAGGUGGGAGAGUUGUUUGAUGUUUCCAAAGUUGAAAAGUUUGAGCUCCCAGAUGACGCCUAUGAUAAAAGAACAGAUUCAGCAAGAUCAUUCAUGAAGAAACUCCAUGUUGGUCCGUACAACGAGGAAGAGACUGCCAAAAAGAAAGCUGAGCUCGCUGCUCGGAAUGAGGAAGAGAAGACUGCUGCUGAUGCCAUUUCUGUUGGCAGCCGCUGCCAAGUGAAAGUUCCUGGGCAACCCACAAAGCUUGGCACAGUCAUGUAUGUUGGUACAACAGAUUUCAAGCCGGGUUAUUGGGUGGGUGUGAAGUAUGACGAACCCCUGGGCAAACACAAUGGAACCGUUCAGGGGAAACAAUACUUUGAAUGUGAGAAUAAAUACGGAGCAUUUGUGAAGCCGAAGACUGUGACUGUGGGAGACUUCCCCGAGGAGGAUUACGGUUUAGAUGAGAUGUAGGACUGGUUCUGAUCACUAGUUUUCUUUAUGUUGGUCAUUUCUUUGACCCAAAAUUAAAACAUUGUCCUCAAAUGUUCAUUAUCUGCUCAUUAGAGGAGAUGGAGAAUCAUUUCUUUGCAACAUAGGUUUUUGUUUGUGCUUCUCUGGAAGGCAUGAUCCUAAAGCACUUUAGCUUUUUUUUACUGUAACUUGAUGGAUGCAACUGCCAAGUUGUUUUCGAAACAGAAGAAAACCACCAACAUGGAUUUAAAUCUCUUUUAUACACGAUUGUGUUUUUGUUGCAGAUGGUUGAUUUUAUAUUUUCACACUUUCAGUUUUUUUUCUCUCUAGCUUCCUAACAAUUUAUGUUUUCAUUAGUCAUACAAUGUUGCUUUGUUUAAAGAUGACUGUAUGUACAAAUGUUUAUAAUUAUUUAGUUCUGGUAUUGUCAAGAUUGUGUUGCUUUGUCAUUGUCUAAGAUUUGAAAAGCUGUUGGGAAAACAAUUACCCUGGCAUACAGUAAAUCAAACACAUGUCAGUACUUGUAUAACUACCUGUAGUUUUUUAUUUUUAUUUGAACUCUAAAUUUGCACCCAAUGGGAAAGUUUGUUUCUACCAAGAUCUCCAAGUCAACAGAUCUCAAUACUGGUGACCAUUUUUUAGGACAGCUACUUUUCUUUUUAUUAAUUUAUAUUUUUUUUAUUUGGGGUUUCAUUUGUCAGUUUUGGUAUGCUAAUGUCUGGGGGCACUUCUCUGUAUUUUUAUAUGUUGCUCAGAAGAUAGGAGAAAUAAUUCAAUAACAUAUACACUAACACAAGGAAAAACAUUUAGAGGGUUUGUUAAAUUCUUGCAAAUAUAUUGGUUAAUUUUUGGUAAGACCACUGUGUUAGGUCUUUCUAAGUAAAAUGAUGACUCCGAGAACGUGAGCAGCAACUAAUGUUCAAACAAAGCUUUCAAUACCUUUUAAAAAAUAACCUGAAAGAUACUUUAUAGUAUGACAGAUCUGUUUGAAUCAUUGCGGCUAAAUAUAAAAGUUGAAUGGAUGGUCAAGACUCAAAGAAAGUAGUUCUUUAUAAAGUACAGAUUGUGCUACAGUUACUUAUGCAUUCAUCCUUAGAAGCAAGUUUUUAAUAGAGAUGUUAAAUCCUGAAACAUUUGGUUUUUUUUCCCAUACAGAAAACAAUUCUAAAAUAUUAGUGUUGCAGCAAAACAGGUUGUACAUCAAAGAAAUGGUUUCAAACAAAAGAAACGGCUGUAAUUUCACAUCUGUGUUACGUCUACUUCCCUAUUUACUGUUAAGACUACAGCAUUUUUUUCAAGUACACUUAAAUGUAUUUUUAUAGUUUUGCUCCAAAUCAGAAAUAACCCAUCUUUCUUUGUUUUCUGAAGUUUUGAGGGGAAAAGUAAAUUAUCUGUCAGAUAGUAGUAGACAAAAUCAGUUAUUGAUUUGAAAUGUGUUGGUGUUUGUGUACCAAAUGAUGGGUAAUUAAAGUUUAAAAAUAAACAACUGUCCGUACAAA